AUGCACUUCCAACCCCUAACCGCCCUAACCACCCUCUUCCCGCUCGCCCUCCUGCCAACGGCCGUCCUAGCAGCACCAACCGCGCAGCCCCAAGGAACGCCCACAUCCAGCAGCAGCAUCACAGCCCGCCAGUUCUACGACGGGCCCUGCUUGCGCACCAACUGCGGCGUCGCGGGCACCGACUGCGCCGCCAAGCGGCAGUGGUGCGUGAAGUAUCCGUCGUUCGACGCGCCGGAGGGGUGUACUUGCAGCGCGCUGUGA